AUGCGUGGCAGGUGCGGCAGCGUCAGGAAGUGCGAGGCGGAGGGCGGCGAGGGCGACGCGAGGGGCGUGCUGGGGGCGCGGGAGCUGAGGGGCGAGCCGGGGGCGCAGGGCGAGUUGGGGGCGCAGGGGGCGAAGUGCGUGCCAACAGGUAGGACGCGUCGAGUGCCCCCCUCCCCGCGCCGCCACCCGCACGUUCACACGCGAUAUUGUUCACACGUUCCUUUUGACGCUCGCGACGCUCUGAUGACUGCAACUCCGUCGACGAACAUGACGACGCCUGACAACAAUCACCGUUUUAAAAUCAAAAAUACACAAUCAUGUUUAGACUGGGAUUAA